AUGGUGGGUUUUGUAUCUGAACCCUCCACCAUUAAAGAAGAAGAAAACAACCAAGUUUCAAAAGCUAGAAACUUUAGAAACCCAGUUGACUCUUUUGAUCUAAAGCUCACAAAUUUUGCUGAUUCUUUUCUCGACUUUGAUUCUAUAGAGGAGUUUUUUGAGAACCCUGAGAAGGUUAGUUUAGAUUUUGAGAAGGUUAGUUUAGAUUUUGAGAAGAGAAUGGAGGUGGAGGAUAAAGGUUUUGUUGUUAAGGACCUAGUUGUUAAUGGGUCUGAUUCAGUUUUCGAAGAGAAGAAGGGAAUUGUUGAUGGGUCUGAUUUGGAGGGUAUAGUGAAAGUGAAGGAAGAAAGAGUGGAGCUUGAGAGAGAAGUUUUGGGGUGUUCUAUUGAGGAGGAGAUGGGAAGGGUUAGUUUGGUUGCCGGGUCGAGUAUAGUUGCUGCUGAUGCGGUUGAAAAAGUGGUGGGUGAUGAGGCUGAGAUAGGUAAUGGUGAUUUGAUAAAUGGGUUAGGUUCGGAUAUUGGUAAUGGAAGUGGUGUCAAUGGUAAAGUAGUGAAUGCUGAGGAUGAUCGUGAAAGCGAAAGCGAUUCUGAAUCGGAGAGUGAAAGUAGUUCAUCGUCUAGUAGUAGUAGUAGUGAUGAUGAUGAUGAUGAAGAGGAGAGCGAUGAGGAGGAGGAGGAGGAGGAGAUGGAAGUUAGAAUGGAAGUAAAGAAAGAGUUACAUGGUUUGGGUGACAUGGAAGAAGGUGAGAUAAGGGAUGUUGAUGAAGAGGAAAUGGUUGGUGGGAAUGAUAGUGAUGUGGAAGUGUUUGAGAAUGAAGAGGAGGAGCAAGAAGAUGGAUACAAGAUGGUUGAGUGGAGCGGUGCUGAAGAAGAUGAGGAGGAUGCUGUUAGGGGAGUGCCAGUUGUAUCGGAGAACGAGCUUAAGUUACUCCCUCCAGUUCCUCCAGUGGAUGCUUCCUUGGAACCGCAUCAUCAGAUGCUGCCUGUUGGAGUUGUUUUGUCGGCUAUAGGUUCCCAGGUUAUAGUAGAAGGGGCGGAAAAGCACAAUCCUUUGAAUGAGGGUUCUAUCCUGUGGAUAUCUGAAAAGAGAUCCCCAUUGGGGUUGGUAGAUGAGAUUUUUGGACCUGUCAAAAACCCAUACUAUGUGGUGAGAUACAAUUCAGAAAGUGAAGUCCCUGCUGGGAUCCAUAAUGGUACUUUGAUAUCUUUUGUUCCUGAGUUUGCCAAUCAUGUGCUUAAUGACAAGAAUCUUUACAAGAAAGGGUAUGAUGCAUCUGGUGAAAACGAUGAAGAGCAAACUGACGAGGCAGAAUUUUCAGAUGAUGAGAAAGAGGCAGAGUACAAGAGGAAGUUAAAAAUGUCGAAGAGGGGAAUAAAUGAGGAGACAGGUGGAAAAAAGAAAAGCAAUAGAAGGAAGGGGAAAAAUAGGGAGGCUGGUUGGCAGAAUAAUAAACCUUCAGGGGAGCAAAUACCAAAUGGUGUAGAUCAGCUACAACCUGAUCAAAAUUUGCUCAAUAAAUCUGCUGUUGGAAUGUCAUUUGCCCCGGUGCCGCAGCCAACUGGUGUUUUUGCACCUUCAAAUGGUGUUUGGCAGAAUGUGGUACCUUCUCAGCAGCCACAGACUUUAGCAAUUCCUGGUGGUUUUCCAACAAAUAAUAUGCCUUGGCCUGCACAGAGUCAACUUCAGCAUCCCUAUCAGAUGCCUAUGCCAUUUCAGCAACAGUUCAAUCCUGGUCAGGGACCAUUUCCUAAUGCUUUGUUACCAGGCGGACAACCAAAUUUCUUUGCUGGACCUGCAUAUCCUCAACCUUGGCCUGCGAUUGGAGGACAAAACUACUUUAACCAAGCUGCAUUUGGAAAAGGAUUUCAGUUUCAACUGAAUCCCCCAUCACACCAAGGAAUGACGCCCAGUGGACCGCCUUUAGGACAGAACAGUAGUUUCCAACCACCAGCCAUCCCUCCUGGCAACAUUCGGGCUCCUCAGCAAUUCAACGCAGGAGCCUCUUCCACUCAUGGAAGGAAACCUUACCGUAGAGGGGGUGGUCGGUUUUCAGGUGGGAGAGGUAGGCAGCCUUGA